GCUUGCUGUGUGUGCGUGUGUGUGUGUAUUCAUACACGCAAGUGUAGUUCAGGUUGGAAAAGGGAAUUUCAUUGUGUGGGUGAUUCUAUGGAGUAUCUGCUGUUUAUGGAUUUAUGGCGUCAAGAAUCACGUUGCUGUGUUUUCUGCUAACGAUAGCAUCAUCGUACAGCUGCACAAAAGAGGGUGACUGCAUUGAGCGGGGCAUCAACUUCACGCACCUUUCGAGCCCCGAAGUGGUGGUGGAGAAGAAUGCACCCUUGCUGCUCAACUGCUCUGUGGCCGCGCUGCCCGAGCUGGGACCCUUCAACAUUUCCUGGAGGCACGAGGGCUUCCCACUGCCAACGGGCAGGUACCAUAUCUUUGCCAACGGGUCCCUCAUGCUGGACCAUGUAGUAUACCAAAAAAAGAAAAACGGGCAGAGGGAUGACGGCAACUACACCUGCCUCGUCUCCUCGAAGGCGGGUAUAAUGUUCAGCCGCCCCAUUGCUGUGAAAGUUGCACGUAUGUGGAAAGCCUUCAGCGUACAACCUAAGUCAAGCAAUGUCCCUAUUGGGGGAGUGGCUCGGUUGACGUGUAGCAUCAAUGGAGUGCCUGCACCACAGUACUCAUGGCAGCUGAACAGAGAAGACAUACCAGCCAAAGAACCAAGAUUUGUACAACUUACAUCAGGGGUUCUUCAGAUCAUCAACGUCUCAUCAGCUGAUGCAGGGAAUUACCGCUGCAUUGCCAAAAACGUUGCAAAAACUCAAGCAAGCAAUGAAGCGACAUUAACUGUUCAUAAUAUUGUUAGUCAAGAGCAUGCUCCACAGUUCCUAAGUUCGCCUUCACAAGAGCUGACACCUGUUGUCGGUGAAACAGCAGAGUUUGAGUGCCUCAUCUACUCGUCAUCGCAACCAUCCAUUUCUUGGAGACGAGAUGGAGGAGCAAGUUUACCAACUAACCGAACCACACUUACUGGUCAGGGAAAUCUAAGGGUUGCCCGAGUUGAAGUAAAUGACUCGGGAUCAUACGAGUGCAUUGCCAACAUUACUCACGUCACUGGAGAAAUUGUGAUAGUAUCGCAAACCCACAGGCUCACUGUAUAUGAACCACCAAGUUUUGAGGAAGACCUUGUCAGCCAGGCACAUCCAGCUGCACGUACAACUCGGUUUGAGUGCAGUGCAAAAGGUCAUCCGCCGCCGGAAAUCCGGUGGUACAAAAAUGGACGACCUCUAAGUAUCAAUGGACGCAUUAAGGUGCUGCGGCCAGAGGAUGGCAAAUUUGUGCCUCAGCGGCCACAGACACCCUUGUCUGAUGCACAUGCCCAACAAAAGCCACACAAUGUGCUUGUUCUGUCCCAUAUAGUCACAAGGGACGCAGGUAUCUAUCAAUGUGUGGCUGUCAACGCUGCUGGCACACGGACAAUUGCAGCACGCCUGCAGCUCAAUACUUCAGGCGAUCAGCCAGGUCCUCCAACCAACCUGAAGGCACGUCCCCUGUCAAGUACAUCGAUGCAACUGAGCUGGAAUGCGUCAACCACCUCAAGUGGCCAACUUAUCCAGGCGUAUUCAGUUCACUACCUUCCAACAUCAGGUGGCAAUGAAUUGCAGAAAGUGUCCGUGAACACAUCCUAUACCAUCGACAAACUGAAGCCCUUUACCAGCUAUACCUUCUAUGUGAGGGCAUACAGCGGGAAGAGUGCAAGCGAGCAGUCGGAAGCCAUUACACAGAUGACACUAGAAGACAUACCUCUUGGUGCGCCAUCCGUAACAGUCACCAGCUUAACACCAACAACGAUGCAUAUCUCGUGGACUGAACCACCACCUCCCGUUGCCAGAGGCAUCAUUGUGUCAUACCGGAUUCACUACCGGUUGCAUGACCAAAAUUAUAACAAUGUCAUGGAAGUCAAGGGAAAUGUUCUUGAAUACACUAUUACAGGCUUGGAACCAACAAAGACUUACGACGUACGAGUUCUGGGCGGCACAAUGAAAGGUUUUCCUGUCCUGAGCGAUGAUGCCUGGCCCUGGGUCACAUACAUGAUGCCUGCAGGUUUCUCUUCAAGUGUUCCUCAGCCACCAAUGUUAUACUUGAGUGUGGUGAAUGCAACAACUCUGGAAGCUCGGUGGGUUAUUCCACCCGAAGAGAAGAACAUUAUUGCAGGUUUUAAGCUCCGAUACAGAGAACAAGGAGAUCAGUUGUCCGAUCCCAUUGUCUUGCCCAAUACUACACUUUCGUACAGGCUUUGCAAUUUGAGACCUCAGACUUGGUAUGAAGUGUACGUGCUGAGCUUUGUCAAUGACAUGGAAGGCCAAGAGGCUAUACAGACAAUUUUGACACGGCCUGAGAACAUGACAGUCGACAGAGAUGUUGAUCCACCUGAGACGCUGGAAGCAGAGCCAAUUGGCCCCAGGUCAAUUAGAUUAUCCUGGAAGCCUCCAGAGUCUGUUCGUAAUAUUACUUACUACACAAUACGGUACAGUGCAGUGCACACCAACAGCUUCUCCAAUGCUUCUGCUGCACAAUGUGUUCGAAGCACAAGUAAUGAGAUCAUCAUCAACAAUCUCCUUCCAUUCACACUCUAUGGAUUUGCAGUCCGGUCUCAUGAAUCAGAUGAUCACUCUGGUCGCUUCAGUCAACUUAUUCAGUGCAGAACUGCUGAAGACAAGCCCACUGUCCCAAGGGACAUCACUUGGUCUCCCGUCGACACUGGAUCCAUCAGAGUCAACUGGGAGGCUCCAGAAUUUUCAAAUGGCAUUAUACAGUCCUAUCACAUCUACUACAACGUUAGCAGCACGGACUCUGUCGAUACCAAGAAGUGGCAGACGAAAGAGGAACCUGGAACAAGGCUGACAUCUGUGCUAAAUGGCCUGUCCAUCAACACAGUGUAUUCACUGAGUAUGCGGGCAGAAACGCAGGCAGGAUCUAGUCCUCUAACACAGGUCAUAAAGUUUGUCAUCAGCGUACCAUCGAGAAGCACUAUUUCCCCACAUCCACAAGGAACCAUAAAUCAUGGGGACAACGACCCUUCCUUUGGCAUACUGCUCGGUGUCUUAGCGGGCUGCAUCUGCAUGACCCUUUGCGCACUAAUCAUCCUCUAUAGGAAUCGGAAAUGCGGUACUAAUGGAACAGGGGGUGGCCAGGAAAGAUCCCAAGCAAAUGGCAGCACAUGCUUUGCCUCUGUCGUGGGACAUCACAAGGAUGUUCCAGCCACUCAGAGAGAAUUAGAGUUGCUUUCACCUCAGCCCACGUCGUCUGACGAUUACCUGGAUACAAAGGGUGGCUAUCCAGGUAGUCAUUGCAAUGGGAAACCAAAUGGCCACAUGGAUGGAAAGAAGUCAAACGGGCAUCUUCCAAAUGGCCAUGCUGGCAAUGGCUACAUUCCACGUUCAGUUCGCAUCACUGAGAAUCCCCAGCGGGACGAACAUGUGGACUUAAGCACACGUCUGCCACUUCCUCGGGAGCAAGUGCGCUACGACGCCAGUGACAAAGCUUUGUGUGAGGACCAGUGGGACCAAGAUGGUGCUCCAACGCCUCUUUUAGAAGCCAACGACCUGCUAUCAACGGCAGGAGAAACGACGCUGGAGACAGUUGUCACAGACGACUCUCCGCGAUCACCCCACCGUCCGCUGAUGUCCACGGCGAGCCGUAGCAGUACGCACAGCUCACAGCAUUCACUUACUGCAAGCCCUACCUCAUAGAACUUGUUGCUUGUUGUGGAAGAACAUGGGCGGAACAACAGCCAGUGUGACAGUCGUCUGUGCUGUCUCACUGAGAGUGUGGCAGGUAAACCACUAUAUUGUGCACUUCCAUGGACCAACCAGUGUAGAGGUCACAACUUCGUUUGUGGUAGCAAAGUCCAGGUUGUUCCCACAAUUUCAGGUAGAGAGUGUGGUCAAGGUGCCUCAGGACCUUGAGCGCUUUCUUCAAAAGUUUUGCGUGACACAUUCAGUUUUGAGGAUACUUGAUAUUAUGCCACAGUUGGCCACACUCACCCAACAUUGGUAAGCUGUGCAAGCGUAAUGCAGGGCACGUUGGUUUCUGCAGACAGCAGUGGGCAAGCAAGCAAAUCAAAAAUGGUACUUUGGUGGCAGGGUGCUGUUUUAUGUGGACUCACAUUUGGUUUCUUCUACAUUUGCCCUAGCAGGUGAAAACUGCAUCUGCUACAAGAAACAGCAUUUCAUUACCGUGACAGGAAAGGAAAGGAAAGUUAAUCAUGUUGCUGUAGAUGCACUAAAUGCUCUCGCUUUCAAAAGGAAGCACCACAUCCUGCCACCAUUGCUCACCUCGCUUUGCUCAGUUCUGCUUGUACAAAACAUGAAAAGAAAAAUGCCGGAAACUGACAAAAAUAUAUAGCAAGAAAGCGGGUAUUUUUCUUCAUAGAUUGUUCACCAACCCACUGUUUUACACAUGUAUUAUGUUAGCACAUACAUCACUGUCACAUUAUUUUGUAGCGCCAUAUUGUCCUUCCAUCUCUGUUGAAGGCGGAUUGUAUUUUUGAUAUUUUGAAAAAAAUUUAGCGGACCAUUUUAAAAGCAAGUGGAGGGAACCUCCGCACAUUCUAAUUUUUGGAAGACAGGGCAGAAAGAAAAAUACGUUGCCAAAAAAGGUUCGUCCUCCAUGAGACAGUCUAACAAAUGUCAUCACCAGUGGUCACGAGUUACUAAUUUGCACUAAUUCAUACUUUCAUACUGAGCCAUGUUUCUCUCUACUUUACACUACAGGAAAAAAAAGCACACUUAUUGUACUAUAUUACUGUCUUGAGUUCGGAUAGAGACAUACCGUGCCAUCAGACAAGUAGAAUUCUGCCACAUAUGCAUAAUGAAGGCAGUAAUGAGAUUCCUGCGGCAAAUCACUUCUAUUGCCGUACCAGUCAUAUUUGUUGCAUGCCUGAAUCUGCUCCAAUGAGUAGCAGUGGCGGGAGAUUCAAUGAACUGGAAGACGGGAGCCCCUUAACAAGGCUUCUGACCUAGAGUACUGGAUACAUUUGGGUAGUUUGCUACAAAGCACAUUUGAGAAAGAGUGCUAACAGCAUUUGGCUACCCACAUGCAAUGUGUAGCAGAUGCAGUGGCAUGCCCAUGUUGAAAACCCACACCCAUUAGCUGUAAAUAGUUCCGAACGACAUCAGCAUUUGCAAUCAGCAAUGCAGCAUGCAUGAAGGUACAAAGUACUGUGUGUCCCUCAGUACACCAAAGACAUGUCGUAUAAUCCGAUAGUGUAUGAUGUACAUUUUCCUUCUACCAGAGGCUUACUUCUUAUAUUCUGAGAAUACAUAUUUGUGUGUAAUAAUUUCAACAGAGGUCUAUUAACUUAAGAGAUACCUACAGAAAAUUUUCUCCACUAUACGAAAUGUGGUGUUGAAUUAUACUUGUUAUACCUUUCCAAGCAAAGUUAUGUAAUGAUAGUGUAAAUAAUGUAUGUUCCAUAAUGCUCAAAUAGACAUCAUUAUGUCACCUCUUCUCUCUUUCUUUUUUUUUCCCUCCUUCUUCAUGUGUAUAUGUGAGAGGAUCAUAACGCCAAGUGUAUAGACGCCCAUUUCACAAAACACAAAAGGUGCCAACUUCAUUGUUCUUCAGCCUUUGUGCACAGCUGGUUGCCUACGUUUCUGUUUCCAUUUCAUCACAGGGCCUUUAUUGGAAGCCAGAAAAGUGCAGAUCAUUGAAAGCGGUAGUUGAGCAGAAUCACAGAAUCGCUUCUCUACAGUGAACGUGCCUGAAUUGCAGCUAAUAUUGGUGACAGAAUUUGUUUAGAAACAAAAGAGUAAUGUUUGCACCUGAUGCAUACAGUGUGUAUCGUGCCCCUGUCUUCUAUAUACAGUUGUUUCAUCUCUGGUGCCUUAAAACAUUUACAAGAUUUGCAAGGUCGGCAACAACAUUAUGUGAACAUGAAUGUACACAUCCAAACAGUUUGCUACAUUCGCGUUAAAGAAUAACAGAAGAAAAAAAAAGGAUGGGUUACAUGGUAUUGGAAAGAAGGAAGGAGUGUCGACAAUGGGGCACUUUCAAGUUCUCAUUUUGGGAUUAUACCGUGAGCUUUGUAAGAUGUCUACAUUCAAAGAGCAUGGUACUUAAACAUAAUCUGCAUGGACACUGUGUGAGUUAUCACACAGUUUAUAGUCUCGUUCUUUCUGGUUUCACGCCGCACUUACGUUCAAAAUCUGACAAGGUUCCUAGUUCUGUAAAAGCUUUUUACGAGCUUAACUCGCCCACCAUUUAUUGCAUUGCGGGCUUAAAGGAGCAUGGAAGGACUCAAAAAAAAGAAAUUUCAGGAGAAGUAGAAAUUAGAGCUAGAAGUCCUGGGAUAUAUAUUCGAACAAAAGUAUGCCGCCCAUCCCGCAUCUUCACUGGUUGCUUUCGCUAGCAGGCAAUUCUCGGCAGCCAAUAAAAGGCGCUGAGGGACUUUAUGUCACCACACGCCUGGAGUUGCAUGGGCGAGAUCGCCACCACUGCGUGCAUUCUUGUGAACUAAUUUUCUAACAAAAUUCAAUUUUAUUCAAUCUCUCCCUAUUAUUUUUUUUUAUCAACAUCAACAUCUAACGAAAUUCUCACUUCGCAAGGGAAAUAUUUUGCGUGACAGUUCCUGGAGGCCGUAUAUUCAUACGACGCGAUAAGAGAAUGUUACGUUCGAAGUGCCUUCCAUGCUGCUUGCAUUUUUUGCUGCAUAGUCUGUCUAGGUAGCACACGAAUCAGCAGAACAGUACGCAUAGGGAAAUAUGUGCCAUAUAUUUCCACGAUAUUGUUACUUUGCACAUAGAUGUACUUGCACACGCAUAUAUAGCUAGAAAUUAAUUUGCGAUUGCAAAUCUGCUGCAGCAUCACAACGGGUUGCAUUAAUGAGAUUUAAGGACCUGUGUGGGGACCUGUUACAAAAAGCAUUUUACAUCAUUAGAUUACAGUCCCAGUAGGGACCCCAUAGAGUCUUGUAGCUGAGGAUUUCUAGGAACCUUGUAAACCAACAGACAAAUACUAUAUUUUACACUUGUCUUUUACCCUCACUAAGCAAAAUAAUCUGCUCCCACCAUUUUGAAGAUUUUUGUCCAAGAUUAGUGAGAGUGCCUACAAGGAAAUUACACAUUUUUCUUUGUACAGAAGCGUACAUAUGAAUAGCUUGCAGGUCAAACUAGUUGGCCUUCAUAUACAGGGUGCAUCACAAGAAACGGGCACAAAUUUUCAUAAAUCCACGUUACGUUUUUCCUUAAAAAACUGUGCUGCAUAUGCCUAUUUCCAAUAUGGCCCACUCCAAUGUACGUAAUAUAAUUUGAAAAGCCAGUGCUCCCCUUAAUGAAUUGACAAAAUUAUUUGUCAUUAAUUUGGCGUAAUGGUUAGGAUGAUCGACCUCCACGCCGAGACUGGGAGAUGACGGAGGCUCGAAUCCCAGUACCGGCUGGGAGGUUCCUCUGGAUUUUCCGGCAGACUUUCCAGACAAAUGUUUGCACAAUUCCCCCUGAAGUCUGCACAGGACGUAUACUAGCCCCACUGUCCCCCCUUCCUGCUGUCCUCUCUCUAUCUGUCCAUGUCAUAGCCACAGUUGCUUCGCGGCGCUAACGCAGAAUUUUAAAAAUGCUCGUUAAUUAAUAAAAAUGUGCUGAUGGCUUAAGUUAGAAAAUUGUAGACCAAUGCCCCUAGUCCUCCGACCUGCGAAAAUGGAGACUGCGGCGAGCUCGCACGGUGCCCUAUGAGAGUUUGAAAAAAACAAAAUCUCUGUGUUCCCAGCAAAGUUUCGCCUUAGGCGUGGCCAAUUUACGUCCUCAACACACUGGCUAUUCACCUUCCGACAUACAGCGCUUUGCUCCGCAGCGCUGCACCACAGCUCUGCAAAACAGCGCUGUAUUUCCACUGUGGGGUUCGCACUUGCAGCGCGUGUCCCAGCGCUGUACUUGGUGAUCUCACGUGAUCGUACCGUCACGUGAGCGCGCCGCCGCGUUCUCAUUGGUUCAGGGAGCCUAUCGCUGGGAGACAGCGAUGGGAAAGUUCACUGCAGCUCAACUUCGCCAAGCGCUGUUUUCCAUCGAGUCGCAUCCGGGAGAGGAGGGAAAAACAGCUCUGUUUUCCAGUGCUGUGGAGCAAAGCGCUGUAUGUCGGAACGGGCCUUUAGGGUAGUGUAUCAGUCACAUAGCUUGUACCAGAUCGCUUGCAUUUUUUCCCUAUGUUCUGCACUGACUUUGUGCACCCACACUUUGUUAUGCCACGAAAAUUAUCGCUAUUGUGCUUGUUUUUAUAUCUUCAUUGACCCACCUUACUUCAUAGAUAGGAGGUUCUGGGAACAACAACAAAGAUAAAGGCUUACCUUUAAUUUCAUUGCAUUGCAAAGCAGGGGUAAAUCAUACUUUGUGGAAUGGCAGCCAGUGUAUUGAGAGGGAUCGAACACAGUGGAGAGGAUGAAAUGCGGCCGCAUCUAAAAUGAAUCUCUGCAGGGUCCACAGAGACCUUGCAUUUUUUUCAGUGCUCACAGUGCAGCAUGUGAGGUCGCUGCUGUUUCUACUGCAGUGCAGGUUCUUUUGCGGAUUGGAGACCAUAGUCCUUCAGUCUACAGUUGUCUUAUUUAAACCAUUGACUCCCUUGCAUUGAUUAAUGUGAUUAAUUUUGUAAAUUUAAUAAGGCUUAUGUAGUGCAGUUUUUGAAGAUAAUGGAGAUUUAUGAAAAUUUUGGCCUGCAUCUCAUGACACACUCUGUAUAAUACUGCAUUGCGUUCAUUGCAUUGGUUUGAUCCCUUUCUUUUUUUUUCUUUUUUUAAUAUACUAAUUGAAGGGCUUUAGCAACUCUUCAGUUGUCAUGGCAUUCAUAUAUUCAGACUUCAUGGACAUUGAAGAGGGGUACGCUUUACGUACAUUUUCAAACAUUCUUUCUACAGAUAUUUGAAUGCACCAGCAGGCUCAUUGUGUUUCUGUGAGAGGCAGUCUGGAAUUGUUGACAUUUUCUCCCCUAAGAUUCUGAUGGCAAUGACUUGAAUCUGUCAGGAGUAUGACAACAUGGGCAUCAACAAUUAGAGACAGGAUUGUGUGCACAAUUGUACAGUCCCUGGCGAGCAGUACUACUUGCACGAUAUUUCUUCUAUCCAUAUGGUUUUGUACUGGGCUGUUUCCUAGGUGAUGGCUGUUGGCAAUGGCAAGAAAUCAAGAUGCAGAAAAAUAGGACUUGAGACCAGCCGUGUUUUGAUUUUCUAUCUACCUCAGUUUGUUUUAUAUGUAUUGUUUUACUAAAAUGAAUGUUUUUGGCUCAGCUUGGAUGCAGUUUCUCAGGGAGUGUAAAAACAGGAAAUAUUAAGCAUCGUACAAGCUGCUGUUGUUCCACUCAUUUCUAGUAGUAGCGACAUUUUUGUUAUCCUCCAUUUACAUGCAAAUCAUGCUUUGUUGUUGUUCUUUAUUAUUCCUCUUUUUUUAAGUGCACUCUCAGGUUGAAAGCGGGUUUGUUCUUAAAUUGCUGCCAUUUGUUACUUUUUUUUUUCGUCCUUGAUGUUCACACUUGAAGGGAAGGAUGCAAUAGUGAGGCAAAUCAACUUUCACUGUUUUAUGUAUUUUUGUUUAAUAGUGUCUACAAGCGUAUUGUACAUCUGUGAACAUUUGCACCACUAUGCAGCAACACUCCCAUGAAAUGGUGUACGACAAAUGCUAUCAUGCGCAUGAGAACACGUACAGGAUGAAGAUUGGAACAUGUGACAUCUACUGUAACUAGAAAUGUAGCCAUGGCAGAUACCACACUCUGAACACCACUCUGAGCUUCUUGAUGGUGUCUCGUUCUUGUAGUAGCUCAAUUUGUAGUCUCUUACCACUGUUGACUUGCCUCAUUAUUCCAUCCACCCAAUUAAUUGCAUGCGCACCACGCUGACAGUGCAAGGAGAUUAACGUGUCCUUAAGUGAGAUUUAAAUUUUUUGGUGUAUCUACCAGCUUAUCAUUUCGGCUGAAGUCUGCAGGCAUAUUGAUUUCCAUUGCACACACAUAGCGUGAGCACAGGCUUGAGAAAGAGGCACAUGCAAGUUUGGGUAGUGGAGAACACCCGUGUGCGCAUACAUAUAUAGCAUGGUAAAAGCCACUUAUUGGUGUAGGUGUAGCUGUAUAAGGAUGGUCCUGGCAAUAAGCUGUCGUUGGCUGUGGUUUGCCAAGUUCCAAAACUGCUCUGCAGUUGGAAAGCUGGGUCCUGUGUUAUUGCAUCGUGGUAGUGGCGGAACUUAACAGUUUUGAAUACGUACUUUACAUUCUGUGCUGUAAUUGUAUUUCUAUAUGGCACUGGUGUGCCAUGAUGAGCAGGCAGUGUUUCUUUAUCAAAGGAACGAGGUACUGCUAAGAGUGAGACCUUAUGGGUGUCCUUCGUUUGAUGUCUGUGGUGACAGAGUUGCACAAGGCAAGCGAAGGUGUUCCAAAGGUGUGCAGCUUAUUGCAACUCUCCUUUUGCAUUGCGCACGAUUGUAUACAGCUUGGCAUCCAGACCCUUUUUAUGUGUGUAUGUGCUUUUUAAGUAUGUUAUCUAGCUUCUUUUUUUUUUUUUUUUUCACCUUACAUUGGCCUAAGCUAAGGUUGUUGACUUUUCUGUUGAAGUAUUCUCAGGUUUCAAACAGGUCAAUCCUUAUGGGCUACAAAGAGAGCCUGGAGAGACUUUUGUGUCCUAUAAUCGUGCCACAGAUAAAGUAAACGAAUGUUACUUUUUCUUCAGCAUUUGCAAGUUUACUCAGAGAUUUUCAUCAAAAGCGUUGUUUCAGUAGAACCAUUCAGUUUUCCAACAGCCGCACAAGAAUAGGGCUUUAUACCCGUCGCAAGAAGGAUCUGCGUACCACUCUCACUAGUCACAUGCUGUACUGUGUCACAACACUCUCCUCUGUUCUUCCGUGCAUAUGUGUUUAUCAUCAUCACGUAUAGGAGCAAACAUGAGAGUGUCGUGACACAAAGCUUGUUUCGGCCAGUGAGAGUUCAGCAGCACAUUGGUGUUUUGAAAGAUUUUCUCGAUGGGGAUAGCCCCUGGAUUUAGUACUCAACACACAGGUUCCCAGACAUGUUGAGAGCGCAAGUUUGAGCUGCAUGGCGUAUUUAUGUACAUGUACAAGCGUGACAACUGGAAAGUAUGCACCCAUGUAGACAUAGUUGUAGUGUAAUGGUCCUUGCAAUAAGUUAUUGCUGAGUGUUGUGUGGGUUGCCUCAUCAAAGAGCUGUCGUGAAGUUGGAGAGCUGGACUAUGUAUUAGUGUACAGUCUAGUGGCAAGGUUCUAGCUGUGUAACUUUCUGCACUCCAGUGGAGAGCUCCGUAGUGUGUUGUCGCAGAGAGCGACUACUCAGUGUACACCGGUGAAAAAUGGCAAUGGUGAAGUGGCGAAACAAGAAUGCUUGCAUGUUUUAGUUAUGCUUCGCUCUGCAAACAUAAUGGAAAGGUUUGCUCUAAGAAUGCAGCUCUAAGCAGCUCUACACAAAAUCAACGUGUGUGCCUUAAUUUGUGUGGCUUGUUUCCCUUAUUUUGGAAAUGUAUAUUUUAUAGCCUGAAAGCAUCUGGUUUUACGUCCUUCUGUGAUGAGCUUCAUCCGACAAGUUCAGUUUCUGACUGUGCUUACAAAGUUUUUGCCUCGCAUUUUCCUCUAUAGCAAACGUAGCAGGCUGGCAUUAUGCUCCAUUUCUUGCUCCUGGAGGGUACAUGUUGGACAUGCCCACUUAUUUGAGAUGUUGUAAUACUUAAAAUGUACAAGCAGCGGAGAAUGAUUAGCUCAAAUUGAGUGCCUUUUAAAAUCUGAAUUCCGUAUUGUGUGUGGUAUAAAAUUUUCAGAUAUAUGAAGUGCAUGUCCUACAGUGACUUCUGGAUAUUUAAGUUAUUUUUGGUGCAGUGCUUAUUCAGUCACACAUGUACACUGGUCUGCAUAUCUACUACACUUCCCAAGAGGUGGUCAGUGUUGCAUCCAUUAUCUCACACCAAUAUCGGGUUUUAAACGCAAUUUAAUGGGUCACUGCUCAAGUAGUUAACACAUGGGGCAACAUUUUCAUGAGAAUGAGCCAAUAUUAUGACUUAAUCUACAACACGUGCCAGUUUGUUGUUGUGGUACAUGCUUUGUAAAUUCAUAUCGUUCUCGUUUAUUUGGCUGAUUCAACAGAUUAGUGUGGCAAACGUGCUCACUUAAUUGUCUCAUAUUCAAAGCAGAGGCAUACUUAAUUAAACAUAUAUACAUUUAACAAGCAUCACAUGGACAGGAUAGGUACAGCGAUUUCUUGUACAGUCACUUUGUUUUGCCCUUGCAAAAAUUUCCAUACUACAUGCCUUCCUUUCUUGUCUCACAUUGACGGUAUGCACAUGCGUAAAGUGUGCAGUGAAAGUAAUUGCAAAGUUACUGCGUUUUGUUGUGGGUGCGUACACAUGCAGAGUUUAUCUCGGUUGCCAUUUGUAAAUCAGCGUCAUUGGUCAUUUACAAGAGUGCAAUUGCCCAUCCAAAAUCAAAAUCAUUCUUUUGCUACUUCCAACAAACAGCAAACAGAGUUGACACUCAUGAGAAUGACGUUGACUCAAGUUACACGAAAUCCACAUUUCUCUGAGAAAAGUCUAUGACAAACAGUCACUCAAACAAUUCAGUAUUUAUUUAUUUAAUUUAUGCAUUAACAUAUUAGUCAAACCGCACUGGGGUUAGAGCAGCUGAUAUGCAUUCUUCCACUUUAUUUCACAUGGUGAGCAGAGUUCCACUAAGGUGGGAUGUGAAUGUUGUUUUUCAGUGUGUAUCAUGUUGUAUAACAUCAUUGCAAUGAAAUGUACUAUUACAUAUUGGUUGUACUUGGAAAUGCAUACAUUGGAGAAAACUAAAAUGAUGAACAUAUUCUGCUGAUCUAAUAAAAAUGUAAAUAUCUAUCUUUA